CUUUAACGUCCCCCUCCACAUGUAAUUACAGGAUGGCUGAGGGAGAUGCUCGCAGGUACGCGCUGCUGCCUCUUCACACGCGCGCAGACUCAGACGCACACGCGCACCGUCUCGCUUGUUUUCUUCCCCAGCGCUGGAUGUGAGACGUCAGCGUCACCACCGCAGCCCGUAGACACACACAGCCUGCGGCCACACGUUUUACCACCGCGUCUGGAAGAGGCGAAGCCCGGACAGCGCAACAUAUUGGCACGCGAACUGCGUAAUGUUGUCUUGCGCCACUCCAUGACAGUCUCGCGUCGCGCACACCGUCUUUGCGCAUCCCACAGCAGCGGCGUUCUUCUCAUCUCGGAAUUGCUGGAAAUACUAUAAGACAUUACACGACGCUGAAUGCACCGCGCUAGACCUGCCAUGGCCGCAGGGGUUCAAGGAAUGGCUCGCUGGGGGUUGUGUGGGGUUUUAUUCGGGCUGCUGAGGCUCAGCUCGGCGUGUCCUGUGUCGUGCUUUUGCACUGCCUCGAGGAUCUCGUGUAUCGAGCAAGAACCAGGCAUCGAGGAUUUCCCUGUCUUGGUGCCGGAGUCUGACAUGGAAAACAUCACGGACAUAUACAUCUCAAAUCAAAAAAGGCUACUUACAAUCAAUGAGGACCAUAUGAAGUUCUACUCAAAUCUCAGGAAUUUAACAGUGACCAAUACUCACCUGACAUAUAUAUCUACGAUGGCCUUCUUCAACAAUUCCAAACUUCAAUAUCUGAAUCUCAGAGACAAUAACUUAUCAACACUCUCUUGGAGAGCACUUCGUAAUUCCAAUUUGUCGACUUUGUUGCUCUCCGGGAACCCUUUACAAUGUGAAUGUAAGAACAUCUGGAUCAAAGUCUGGUUGGAUGACAGUGAGAGAGACGGCCUGCAGUGUCUACAGGAAGGAGGAAGUGCAAAAGCCCUCUCUAGACUCACUCUUAAUUCAUGUGAGUAUCCACGUGUCGAGGUUAUCCCUGCUGUUGUCAAUCAAAUGGCAGGAAGUGAUGCUACAGUGAUGUGUAGUGUGUCUGGAGCCCCGACCCCUGAGCUCUCCUGGAGCUUAAACUCCAGCGAUCCUCCUCUCUCAACCAGCCAUGAGUUACACUUCCUCUCCUCCUCCCCUCUUCCCUUCUCUCUCGUUCCUCUGCUCCUUCUUCUUUCUCCUGAGUCAGUUCCCCCUACUAUCGUGCAGCUGUACCAGCCCGUGAGGAACCAGGACUGGUGCAUCCCUUUCACUGUGACGGGCAACCCGAGGCCUGAUCUGCACUGGUACCACGAGGGGAAGCUGCUGGAGGAGCAGCAGUACAUCAAGACCGAAAUCCAUGAAAUCACGGAUACGGAGUACCACGGCUGUCUGCAGCUGGACAUUCCCACUCAUAUCCAUAACGGCAUCUACACGCUGGUGGCUAGCAAUGAGUUCGGAGAGGACAGGGGAAACGUGUCGGCACACUUCAUGCACACACCUGAUGAGGACCACUCAGGGACAGAGGGAGUGUUUUAUUACGACACAACAUUUAGUCCAGAUACCCCACCACUGGAGGACAAAGUCGCGGUUUACAUAGUGGUUGGAAUAGCUGGGGUUGCUUUAACUGGAUGUAUCCUGAUGUUAGUUUUCCUCAAGUAUGGCAGAAGCUCCAAGUUUGGCAUGAAAGGCUCUUCAUCUGUCAUUAGUAAUGACGAUGACUCUGCCAGCCCCCUCCACCACGUUUCCAAUGGCAACAACACACCAUCAUCAUCGGAGAUGGGCCCAGAUGCCGUUAUUAUCGGAAUGACAAAGAUUCCAGUCAUUGAGAACCCCCAGUACUUCCGUAACCCCGGCAGCAUACUGAAAUCGGACACUCUCGUCCAACACAUAAAGCGUCACAACAUUCUGCUAAAGAGGGAGCUUGGAGAAGGGGCUUUUGGGAAAGUGUUCUUGGCUGAAUGUUACAACUUGUCUCCUGACCAAGAGAAGAUUUUGGUGGCUGUUAAGACUCUGAAAGAAGCCAGCGAAAGUGGGCGAGCAGACUUCCACCGAGAGGCAGAGCUCCUGACCAACCUGCAGCAUGAGCACAUUGUCAAGUUUUAUGGCGUGUGUGUAGAAUGCGACCCUCUCAUUAUGGUGUUUGAGUAUAUGAAACAUGGAGACCUCAACAGAUUUCUCAGGGCUCAUGGUCCAGACGCGGUGCUGAUGGCAGACGGACAGCACAGUUUGCUGGUGGAGUUAACUCAGCCUCAGAUGCUGCACAUUGCUCAGCAGAUAGCAGCAGGCAUGGUGUAUCUGGCCUCACAGCAUUUUGUGCACAGAGACCUGGCCACACGCAACUGCCUGGUGGGAGAGAACCUGCUUGUCAAGAUAGGAGACUUCGGCAUGUCCAGAGAUGUGUACAGCACCGACUACUAUAGGGUGGGUGGUCACACCAUGUUGCCCAUCCGCUGGAUGCCCCCAGAGAGCAUCAUGUACAGGAGAUUCACCACAGAGAGUGACGUGUGGAGUUUGGGUGUGGUCCUUUGGGAAAUAUUCACAUAUGGCAAGCAACCCUGGUACCAGCUCUCAAACAACGAGGUGAUCGAGUGUAUCACACAGGGUCGGGUGUUGCAGAGACCUCGUACUUGCCCCAAAGAGGUGUAUGACCUGAUGCUGGGCUGCUGGCAGAGGGAGCCCUACAUGAGACUCAACAUCAAAGAAAUCCACAACCUGCUCCAGAGCCUGGCCAAGGCCUCGCCUGUUUACUUGGACAUCCUGGGCUGAUCCGUUUGCCAGUAUGGGUGUGUAAUUGUUAGCAAGAAAAAGUGUGUGAAUGCGUGGUAUAAAAGGGAUGGUUUCGAUUAGAAUGAGUGAUUGAAUAUAGAUGUGUGUGUUCAUUAAAAAUGGCUUGUGCUUCAGCCUUCUCACCACAUAGACUAAAGGCCUUAAAGUUGACUGUGUGCAUUGCUUUGAGUUUUUCCACAUCUGGACAUGUCCAUAUCUGUCAAGCAUCAUUGUGUUUUCUAAAAACCCCAAAUGGUCUACAAACAGAAACAUCUGAUUGUUGUAAAUAUGCGUCAGAGACAAUGUAGACCUUUUGUUUAACAACCUUUUAGAAAAAGGUCAUUUGGUUUAGGAAAGUUUAUAUUUGUUUUUCUUUUACCAUUUAUUUAACGAGAUGGACAGAAUUCGGACUUGAUGAGGACCUAGUCAUUAGCACAACGCUGUCAAAGCCCUGGCGACAUUCUGGCAGACUUUACGCAAAUCGCAAUACUAUUUAUACCGCAAACUAUCGAGUAACAAUCAUGGAACUGCCAGAAUCAUGUUUCCUUUUUUUUUUUUUUUUUAACACAUCUGAUCUAAUUUUAGAUUAAUCUGUGCCAAGUUUUGAUGUCUAAUGCUGAGGUUGAUGAAAGGCGUUUUUGGACAUCUCAGUGCACCCCAUCUUACUCAGUGCGAACUUUGUAAUAGAAGUACAGCGACAAGACUUUUUUUUCUUUCUUCGGAAGAGGCUUGAGGUUGGACACCGAGUGUUUGGAGUGAGCACAGAGGCAAAGUCACCAGCAGUGGCAUUGAAAUAUUUCCUCAGACACUGUUUGGCUCCCGGGCCAUAUGCGCUGAAGUUCUGAUUCAAAGGGCACUUGUCUCUCUAACUGAGGUUCGAAGAACAAUGAGAGAGAUGUUGUUCUUGUGUCCAUCAGUGGUAACACGUUAGGGUGCUUACACACUAGAAAACACUCUGACCGGACGCUUGAUGAAUUGAAUUAUGCAAGAGGGUGUGGAAAGAGCCAGACUGCAUAAUUCAUCCAGGAUAUUUUCCUGCCUGAGGCCCGAGAGGCUGCGAUAGUUUCCAGGAUCCCUACGACUCUAUAUCGGAUUAUGGAGGGAUGGAUGGAUGGAUGGAAAGAGCCAGGACUGUUUGAAAUAAAGCAGAAAUACAACCAAUUGGAUUUCUGAAAGCACAACUGGACCCACCUCCCUGGGAUUCUCAGUAGUCAACAGAGUGCAUUCCAGCCAAAGUACAAAUUCCCUCCACUUUUGGUCACAUAACGGAGCAUCAGAAUCGACAAAUUCCCAGCAUUCUUUGACAUAGCGUAAACUAGUAUGUAGGCACCCUUAAUAGUUGUCAUGUUGCAAUUUGAUGGACUUUGCCUUUGCAAAGACUGAAGAUUUCUUUCUUACCUGUUCCUGGGAAGUAUAUCCAUAGAUGUUGUCCAUAACACAACAGGCCUGCCUGAACAGCUGGAUUUCAUUUGAUCUCGGAUUAUUCAUUAUUAUCUGUUUAUGUAUCAACUGCGAAAUAACUGCUAAAUAAUUUGUGUAUGUGAUAAUCUAUGAUCGGUUUGUUUUGCUGUAUUGUGGGCCGUUUCAAAGCGAUGGGCUUGGUGGGCACUGAAGUGAAUGUUCAUGUGAGAAUGACUCGAGUCGGACUGUCCCUGAGGUCACAACAGGAAGACCCUAUGAAGGGACAGUCCCGAUUCAACCUGUGUGUUUCAACCCCGCCAGACAAGUAACCAGAGGACGACUGCCAACCAACAGGGUUUAUUUAGACUACAAAUGACUGAAUGGCAACUGAAAUUGUCAUUUUCAUAUGACAUUGUAUUCAGACCCCUUCGUUUUUUCACGUUUUGCCGUAGCCUUAUGCUAAAAUGUGUUUUCAGUCUACUCUCCGUACGCCAUAACGACAAAGCAAAAACAUCUGUGAAACCUGCUAAUUUAUAUAAAAAAAGAAUAAUAUUAUAAUAUAUAUAUCACAAUGACUUAAGUAUUCAGAACUUUAACUCAAUGCUUAGUUGAAGCACCUUUGGCAGCAAUUUCUUCAGGUUAUUUUGGGUAUAUUGCGGCAAGCUUUGCGUCCUGAUUUGGGGAUUUUCUGCCAUUCUUCUCUGCAGAUCCUUAAAAUGUCGGGUUGAAUAAGUACUAUUGGUGGACAGAGAUUUUUUUUGUUGGGGUAGUAAAAGUCUGAACUCUGGCUUGGUCACUCGAGGAUAUUCGUAGUCGUCCCAAAACUACUCUUGCAUUAGCUUGGCUGUGCUUAGAGUCACUGGACCAGUCUCGAGGUCUGGAGUGCUUUGGACCAGGUUUUCAUUAAGGAUAUCUCUGUAUUCAGUUUUCCUUCCAGCCUGAUCCUAAGUACCCCAGUCCAUGCUGCUGAAAAACACCUCCACUGCUUCACUGUUGGGAUGGUAUUGCGCAAGUAAUGAGAGGUGCUUGGAUUCCUCCAGACAUGACACAUGGAAUAAGGCUCACCAGACCAGAGAAUCUUCUUUCUCACAGUCUGAGAGUCCUUUUUUUGGCAGAUCUAAGCUUUCAUGUGUCUUGGACUUAGGAGAGGCUUCCAUCUGUGCUUUGUAGGCAGUUCCUUUGCCCUUACGGCUUAGUUUUUGCCCUGAUUUGAAUUUUAAUAAAGUAAAAAUAAAGGUGCUUCACGAUGCC